AGUGCAGCUUCGAAAACAUUCUACUGCUCAGUUAGAAACCAACAGUAAACAGUAUCGGACGGAAAAGUAGGAUUUUAGUUCCAGAAUCAUAAACAUUGUAAAACCUCUCUUCUUGUUGUGUAGUGUAGAACUUCACCAAACGGAAGAGAAAACAUAACUUUAUCUAGUUUGAACGCGAAGCGACGAAAGCAGCAAAAUUUAAUCAGGACAGGAAGUUCCGAACACCGAAACCGAGCGUGAAAGCAAUCGAAACCAGGGGGAAAAAAGGGAAAGCAAAAAAAGGACACUUUAGGUGAAAAUGAAUUUCACAAGGCGGUGUUUUUAUCUGAAAUCAGUGCGCGAGCAACGGAACGGUUCGGUUUUAAAAUAUAGUGUUUGACUCCUGGCACUUAGUCGCUGGACGGUAACUUCGAAGUAUUCGACCAGCCUAGCCCACAGUAGAGUGAUGCACUUCCGUGGCGGAAGCUCCAACGCUGAUACCAGCGCUGAGUCGAUCCAAUUGGAGUUAGAAAAUUUAUGAAUUUAUGGUCCGGUUUGUUUUGUCCGUGUUUUGUUCGUUUUGGAAACGCGAGUGCAUCGGGAUCCACGAAGGUCCUUUUCCGUGAGUAAACGGGAAAACCCACUCCGAAGUGAGCACGUGAAUGAAGAAUUGAUUUUCUUUCGGUUCCAUUUCCUCCGUCAGUGAAAGAAAAAAUCGUAGCCUAAACAAAGCUCUUCUCAGCAGAGUGUAAACAGAUACGCACAAUUUUAGUAGACUUCUCCGAAUUUUCCACCGGAGAAGAUAGUAAUCAACCAUUAGGCGUCUAGGGUCACAGCAGCCGAGACCUAGAGACAGACACACAGGACCAAACAAUUUUGAACAAGUUAUAGCAAGAGAGCUGUUAGUGAGUGAAGUGAGCGCGUUUUGCGGAAACUAUUGCAAGCGCAAUUUUUUUGUUCAAGUUUGUGGCGAUUUCCAAAACCGAGUUACAUUUUGCAAUAAAAGAAGCGUGAGAGCAGCUGAGUGUGUAAAGUCGCGACCUCAAAGUUUACAAAGUUGAGGAAGUUGGGAAAAAUUGAAGUGAGCGCGGAAAAUUUCUCGUCUCAAGAAGAAACAAAAAAAAAUAAUUCGUUGUGCAUUUUUUGAAUAUAAACAAUUUUGGUUUGCCGACAGGAAGAAGCAAUCGCAGAAAUACACAGAAAAGAAGAGAAAACAAAACAAACAAAAACAAAAAAAAACAGAAGCUAGUGAUGAUGCAAGGCAGAAAUAUUGUGGUGAGUACAAUGAUGUGGUGUGAGCAAAAGCAGUAUACCCUAGUGUCAUUGGACUUGUAAAUCAAAUAAUUUAGCUUACAUUAACGCAAUCUGGUGUUGAUCGUUUCCGCACGCUCUUCGUGUUGGUUGGUUCGUCCAAAUAAACACAUUCGUAAACGUGAAUAGUGGAUGCAGACGCGAGUGUUUGAAAGUGGUUAGAAAAAUCUGCCGUAAAAUCAGAGAAAUACUAUUCGCGAAAUACGCGAAAUAUUCCGCAAUCCCGAACCCCGUGUCCAAGUGCGUGACAGUGAAGAAGAAGAGUGCCGAAAUAUAAACCACCCCAACAUCGCAGGGGGAAGUAGUGAUUAAACAGGCGUAAAACUUAAGUCUCACCCUCACCCACAUUGGCGAGACGAGGUGAGGGGGCGUCGUGAAUAAGGAAAAUAUGGUUCCACAGCACAACCACGAGUUGCAGCUAUUAGUGUCCCAGAGCGAGAUGAUGGAUACCGGUGCGGUGCAAGUGCAGAUUGCCGCCACCAACUCAGCACCCCAGCAGCAGAAUCACCAGCAGACCUCGCUCCUAGAGGCAGGGCUGCUCCAGUCGGUGGUGGUGAGCGGAAACAGUGUAUUGAAUAACGGCCAAUCGAUGGUCUCCCAGCAGCAGCAUAUGGCCACGCCGGUGCUUUUCGGCUCCCAGCUAGUGGACAAAAACUCCAGCACACCUUACACCGAUGCGACACAGACGAAAAAACACAGCCCCGGUCACAUCAAGCGCCCGAUGAACCCAUUCAUGGUGUGGAGCCAGAUCGAGCGGCGCAAGAUUUGCGAGGUGACACCGGACAUGCACAACGCGGUCAUCUCGAAGAACCUGGGCGCCCGGUGGAAGGCCCUGAGCGAGGCCGAGCGUCAGCCCUUCAUCGACGAGGCGGAACGGCUGCGAAAGCUGCACACCCAGGAGUAUCCCAACUACAAGUACCGCCCAAAGAAGAAGCAGGUCAAAGGAAGCACCGGGAAGAAUGCAACUUCUGGUUCUGCGCCUGCAUCGUCAUCCGCUGCAUCCUCGCCUGCGUCAUCCACCUCGUCUCGGGACAGCUGCGGGUCUUCGCCCGGCGGCAGCUCAUCGACCACUUCCUCGGGUAAGUCCAAACCGAGCAGACGCAGUGGGAAGGUCAGCAAGAACGAUAACAAUAACAACAGCAGCAGCAGUAGCAGUAGUAGUGCCACCAAUUUGAAAUCGAAGAAGGCAGUAAUCCGGGCGGAACUACGGGAUAACAAUGGCAAUUUUGAGGAGCUGUACUAUCAUCCGUCGAUGCUGUGCGUUGGCGGAGAGUCACCAAACUCGCCGGAAGGCGCCACGCUGUACGACGACAGCUCGUUGAUCUCACCCGAGCCGACGUUUGCCAAUUCGGUAUUCGAGGCGGAGAACAAUCUGUUUCCCAGCAACCUGGACAGCUUCACGACGGACGAGUGUAGUCAUGGGUUCGUUCCGCAGACGUUGUUCGACACGGACGAAGACAAUAAGGCGUUCAUCAUGAACAACAAUGACGACUCGAAGGGUGGCUACCUGUUCACGACGAAUGGUGGGAUGAACGGGCAGGAGCAGAACAACGGGGGAAACAAUAGCGGUCAGAUGAGUGUGGAUAUCAAGCGGGAGAUGUACUUCGAAGAGGACGAUAGGUUCGGAAUGGACGAUCCGUGUCUCAGUGCUGCCAGUAUUAAUCGGUUGGAUGAGGUGUUGAACGCCCACAAUGACCAGGUGAACGGUCAAGUGGUGCACAGCCCCAGCCCCGUUAGUGUGAGUUCGAUGAAUGAUAUCGUCACGUACAAUGGGUUGUUCACGGUGAACAGCACCACGGGCAACGGUGCCCACAAUGGUAACACUUUAGCGAGCUUUAGCGAACUGUCCAGCAGUUGUCAGUCGCACACGCUACUGCUACCCCCGCAGCAGCUAACCCUCAACGGCCAGCUGAGUACGCUUAAUUCGGUUGGCCACCACAGCGGUGGCAACAACCGCUCGCUGCACUCGAACCACCCGCUCAAUAGCAUUUCGUCCAACUGCCAACCCUCGCCGGCAACUCUGGUAGUGAGCAGCUGUGCGAACUCCAGUAUAGACAACACCACCACCACCUCGAUCGUGGCCGGCAUGGUGCUGAGCAACGGUUGCGGCGGCAACGGGCUCAUCAUGAGCAGUUCCAGUCCAGCGAUCGCGCUCAGCCAGCAGUCCCACAUCAACAGCCAACACAGUGCGGCCAGCCUGGCCCACAUGGAUUUCGGCGACAUGGUCGUGCCGGAAGAUCUCAACGACAUCACCUUCGACGGACUGGAGACGGCUUCCUCCUCCAGUGGUUCCCAUCUGGAGUUCACCUGCACGACGGCGGACGUCUCCCGGCUGCUGGACAUCACCAUACCGUACGAUUUGAACUAAGCGCGCGGGGUCGGUCUCCACGAGGCGGCGCUGCGAUCGGCAGGGGGAGGAGAGGAAGCUUUGUUGAACAUCGAUGAAAACCAAAAAAUUAAGUGCUUUAUUGUGUGAGAGCGAGAGAGAGAGAGAAAAGUAGUUUUAGAGUACGCGAAUGAUAGGACGAGGGAAUGUAUGUAUAUUUGAAACAGUGUACAGAAGAAGACGGUUCAAGUGAAAAGCAAAUUGAAUGUGUUGUGAUGUCAGCAAACAGAGGGAGAGAGAGGGGGUCGUAAAAGCUCUCCAGCUAAAAGAGAGAGUUUGCCAACAGAAAAAACGAAGCAAAAUCAGCAUCAAAACAAAAGCAAAAAUGCGGUUUUAAUUAAUUAAAAAGUUUAGGCAAUCGGGAGUGGGUGAAUAUUCGAGCGAACGAGAGUGGACACGCGAAGAGGUUGUCAAUUAUUUUGUGGGACCGUAUUCUGGUGACGAGACGGACGGAAAAUUUAACGGAACAAAAAACAAAACAAGACACUAAAUUGGAAUUGGUGAUACUUAGUCCCGGGGGAAGGACGAGGAAGUAAACAGAAAAGCGGUGAUUUUUUUUCUGAGGCACUCGACGAAGGAAAGUCCAAAAAGAACUUUCGAAAGUCGCCGCUUUCCAGCUUCUAAUUGAUGACGGGCAAUGAAAUUGGUUCCUGUCUUUCGCUCUGGCGAGGCUGGAAAAGUUUGCCUGGCGGCGGGGAAAUGCUUUGUGGCAUUUCCCAUUAAGUCAUUACACUAAUAGUCUCUCACUUGGUGGCCGAUUGGCAGAUAAUUUCUCGUGUUUUGAGCAAAAAAAUUUGUGAUGCAAUGAUGGAGGGACGAUCUCUCGGGGGGUACACUACGUUUUGCUGAAUUCUACCUCCAACGAACCUUGGAACGAUGAAACUGUAGCUAAAGCUGUUUCUCGAAGUGGAAAAAAGGGAACCAGAACGCAUCUGCUAGCAGUAAAGCAAGAUCAAUCAUCUAGAAACAGAAAAAAACACUGUGUAUAAAUAAAAGCAAGACUGAAGCACAAGAUGGCAACAGCAGCAGCAGCAAAAAAAAACUCGCAUCGAAUCGAAGGGAAUCGAAUGACGGAGCUCGCGCUCUCCUCUGAGUGAUGAAACGAAGAAAUUAUGAUUAUUGAAUGAAUUUCUGGUCCGCAAUUUUUUUUUCUUGCGUUGCUGUCGGAUGCGAAACCGGAGGAAGAGCCAAGAAAAUGGUUGAUUUAUGUUUCGCUACAUAAACCAUGAAUUAUAAUCUUAUUAUACGGCUUAAACUACUUUGCUUUUUUCACUCCAGUGCUCGGCUGGAAAUCCUUUUUUCGCUUUUGGUUGCCCGAGUGCGAUGGCGAAGAGGGAGGCUUACUGCAGCAUGGAAAAUCAGUUGAGCAUCAAUAUACUGUUCCUUUUUUCCCCUUUUGAUUGCUAAGUGGAUCUUGACUGAAGUUUGCUUAUGGUGAGGGUCUCUCAGAUUGACGCAAGAAAUGUUGCUGAAAUUCAAUAUUCUUCAAAUACAUUGCGAUGGCUGGGAACCAAUAAUUCUUUCGGUGAGCCAACGAUGUGUAGUUCAGUUUUGAGGAUUGAGAUUUAUCAUUCAAUCUUUGCAAAGCAAACUUCUUAAAAGUACUGUUGGUGAGAAUCCUUUCAAUUAGGAGAGCGUCAAAGAUUCCUUAUCGCAUGUAUACAAAUUGAUGGCAAGCCAAGCCUUUUUUUGUAAAUCUACAAUUUUCAUGAUCCAUUUUUUACAGAAAUCUUGCUCUGAUAGCCGUCUUCUGCCAUCGAUACCAAACCAAAGACUUGCUACUAGAAUCGAAAUAUUCUGAACUCGAAUAUACUUUAUCAUAAUGAAUAAUUACCAAUACAUAUGAACUGUUUAGGACCUGCUGAGUUUAAUCAUGAGUUUUAUUAGUUGGUUUUGUUGAAACUAACAUUAAAAAUUCAAAUAUAAAAAAAAUCUUGUUUAUAUCUUUUCCAAGUACUAAGACUACAAAAUAUAGUGAACUGUCGGGCUUUAUGUUUCACCCGCCAUCAGAUAUUGUGUCGCUGUUGUAUCCACCUUAUUUGAUGCCAAUUUGCUUUGAACUGUUUAUCAUAUCCAACUGUUUUCCGGUUUUAUUUUUCAGAUUCCAUUUAACGAUUUUCCAUUAUUUUCACUUUGACGCUGCUUCGGUCAGUUUCGAGGUUUUCUGUCCUUGGAUACGAUUCGCAAGUUUUUGGAAGUGUACCAUUCCUGAUCCAUUUUAACGCAGGACUCCGUCUUUCAUUUCUGUACCGGGGUGUAAGUCCAAUGUUUCGGAAGUGAGAGAGUGACGCUGGACUGCAAGGUUUUCAACGUUAAUACUUCUUUACCGGCUGAAAUGAGAGGUAUAAUAAUCACUUCAUCCGAAAGAUAAAAUGUCAACAAGUUAUAUGAUUGUCACUUAUUGGUCCAAGAAAUUGUUUCAAUAGUUUAAAAAUUGCUUUGAAACCAAGCUAUUGAAGUCAUAACAAUCUAGCUCAUUGAUGAUGAUUGGUGAUCGCAAUGUGUUCCCAAACAUAUUCUGCUUAGUCAUAUUUUGAAGCUCGUGAUCACUGGUAUAGCUUGCCAAUAGUUUCCUGAAUAAGAUUUUAAUUUAGUUUCGCAUUAUAAACAUUCAUUUAAUACUCACUUUCCUAGUGGUGUUUAUACAAGGUUUUGCAAAAUUUAGCGUUGAUAUCAUUUGACAACUGUCCUGUGGCGCUUCCCCUCGGAUUUUAACAAAUAAUUUUGAUUUGAUAAUUGCGUUCACAGUUUUUGUAGCGAGAUGGUUUCAAACUUUUGUUUUGUUCGCAUUAUAUUUCGAAAAAAAAACAAUUUCUAUCGUUACUAUAUUUAACACAUUUGGCAUUAGCAAAAAUAGUUCUGUUCAGUACUGUUCCAAUCGUCUGAUUGAGUUUGUUAACUGUUGCGAAAAAUGAUCAAAUAUAAAAAUAAAAAUAAGUUUAUCUUGUUACAAAAUCUAAAUGGAUAUCUAGUAAUCUGUAAUCUGUAUAUGCAGUUUCUUAGUCAAAAAACAUGCUGAACACCUGUAUCAUUACAGAAAAAUCGGUGUUCCCGUGAUGCAAUCUAAUAGCAUCAGUUUAUGUUCUGCUUUCGCAUGGAAUGGACAUGAAAAAUUGUUUGCGUGCGAAUGCGUCCGAGCCAAGGAAUAUUCGCACCCAUUUACACAUUCGACUGGGUGUUCCCGUGAUGUAAUCCAAUAUCAUCAUUUUCGGCUCUGCUUUCGCAUGGAACAGUAAUGAAAAAUUGCCACAUCAUGAUAAAAACGAAAUGAAUUUAUGCAGAAUUUUAAAAGAAUUUAUGAAUUUUAUGCAAGGUUAUAUAGACUUUUUUCGUUUUUAAUGUGAAAUGCUGCCCUUAGUUUCUAUUCUGCGUAUGGAGUGAUCAUGAAAAAUCUCGUGUUAUUCUCACGAAAACAAAAAUGAAUUACGUAUCAAACAUCUUCAGUUGCUUAUACAAGGCCACUCAAAUUCCAUCGGUUCGUUUCGGGACCACCAACAAUUUCGAAAGAGUUGAAUUUUAUGUUAAUAACAAUUCCAUACUUAUACUCAUCCAACCCACACACUAAAAAGCAAAACUUUCAGCAAUCUUUCACAAUAUUUAUUCAUUCAUUAAUAAGGAAUUGUUUCAGAUGCAAUUUCAAAUAAAUGAUUACCGAGCGAACGGUAGUUCUACGUCUACCUAGCGGUUAUAUCACAUAUAUAACCCACUUCUUGUUUUUUGAUUUGCAUUCCUCAAUAAGUGGUAACAAGAUUUUUGCAAUAAUUUCUCUAUAUGAAUAUCUUGGUUGAGUGAGACAGUUGUCACGAACAUUACGUUUUUCAACGACGAAUAGCUUAUCAAAACAAGUAUUUUUUUUCUUGGGGAACAUUGACAAUUCUCUUGUAUGAAAUUAAACCUUUUCUUCGCCUGUACCCGUGUACAACUCUUGACAUGGGUGCUGCAUGUAAUCCGCCUGGCCGUAUUUUUCGUCCUCCAUUUAGACGCAAUCAAAUUCAGUCAGCACAGCGCCCAGUGUUUUGCUGGUAAUCUCGAUUGGGUAUCAUUGCACUGCUGUAUAUGAUAUUCCCGAGGCUGUAUUACGUAUGGAAACGUAAACUCAUUUUUCCUCCUGUUUUUCUUAUAAAAUUGAAUUCGGUGAAGAAACGAACAAAAAGGUGAUAACGUUUACCCGUUUUUAAUUCAUUGGAUUCUGCUCAUUAACAAAUAUUGAUAAGAAUUUUCUUUUCUGAUGAAGCCAUUUUAUACGUAAAUACUCUGAGUCAGAUAUGCGUGUAAAUAUGUGUAUUUUGGUAUAUUUUACAACUAUGUUCCACAGCAGCUCGUCCUGACAUAUGACUCCAUCAAUACAGAAGUCCUCUUAUCAACAUUUUUCAACGAUCAAAUUCACACCCUUUCUGAUAGAUCACUCUUUAGUUCGUUUCUUCUUCGAGUUCAAUUUUGCGAAAAAAGCAGACGGAAAAACGUGUUUAAAUCAAUAAAAUUCACAAUGUUUUUACAAAUCCUAAACGAAACAUCGUAAUUCUGCAUACUAUCUUAUUUGUGUGAAUAAUUUUAUGGUACAAAAAUUUGAGCACACCUGUACUAAAUAUCGAAAUCCUUUGCCGUACUCACACAUCGUCAAAAAGACGGGUGUUCAAGUUUGCAAAUGCAUGAUUGAAGAAAUAUUCAAAAUUUGAGGCGACAAAUUUUUAACGUUUCACCCUUUAAUUUCAAUAUUAUAUUGGGUUUAGAAAACAAACAAAACUUUGGAACUAUUUUUUAUGAUUAUUCAACUGAAUAAUUUUUAAUUUCCCCUUUUUUGGCGGGCUCCUGUUCAAUACAACAUUCUACGUUGCGAACGUUUCAUCUCUUCUAUACGCAAAACGAUUAUCUUCGAAUAUAGUACUACACUCUGUCCAACUUCUAUAAGACCAGGUUAUGAUCUUGCUGUUUGUGUCAUUGCAAACAAACAAUGCUUCAAUUUAUAUUCUAAGGUAUUUGUAUUGGUAACUAUCAUUUACUGCAUGAUUUUAAUAUGUGUGUGUGCAAGCGUUCAGCGUAAACAAAUGUUUUUUGUAUUUUUCAAGUGUCAAGUUUCUAUAAGACCAGCAACGUUUUCCUUUGUAUUUAGUUAGUUUUAUUAAUAAAUCUAGAAAAUGCCGAAAGGAAAAGUGCUCGCGGAUAGAGAAAAAAGACAAGUCGAUGCAUUUUACCAAGAAAAUGUUGGAAUUAGAGAAAUUGCUCGUCGGAUUGAACGAUCCCAUCAAGUAGUGCUCAAUUAUUUGAUGAAUGCUCAAGGAUACAGUAAAAAGAAGAAUGCUCCAUGUAAAUCGAAGCUUUCUGACCGGGAUAAGCGGGAAAUAAUUAGAACAGCUUCGAAUACUUCAAAAUCGCUUAUGCAAAUAAAGCAAUCUUUGCAAUUAAAUGAUUCAUGGGAGACAAUUCGUCAAAUUUUGAUAAACGUCCUUACAUAAAGAAGGCUAAAAUGGUUAAAGCUCCUAAUCUUACACCACCUCACAUCGAGAGACGUCUGAGUUUUGCCAAAGCUCACAUGAAUCAACAGUGGGACAUGGUAUGUCACGACAAAGAACGUUUUCAAAAGAAUACAUUUUGCUAUAUACCAUAACGAAAAGUUCCUCAAUUUUAACUUCACUAGGUUAUCUUCAGUGACGAAAAAAAGUUCAAUUUGGAUGGUCAUGAUAGUUUCAACGGGUAUUGGCAUGCUUUACGGAAGAAGGAACAGUAUUUUUCAACCAGGAAUUUUGCAUGCUCGUGCAUCGUUUGGGUGGGAUUCUAUGCAACUGGAAAGCUCAACAUAGCUUUCACAUCAUUCAAGGAUUACAUGCAUGUUCUUUUGCGUGGAUAUCGUUACAUUCCAGCAAAAUAAUGCUACUAUUCAUACCAGCAAGGAAACUAAACAAUAGAUUACGGUCCAAAAACUUGAUUUUUUCGACUGAAUGGCUGGCUCUCCAGACUUCAAUCCUUUUGAAAAUUUUAGGAGAGAUCCUUGUACGCAGAAUCUACACUGAGGGAAAACGAUACACCACGAUUGAAGAACUCAAGGUCGCAAUUUCGGAAAAAUUGAAAAAUAUCGAGAAACCCGUUCAACAGAAUUUGGUAAAUAGUAUUUCAACAUGAAUUUUGCAGGUUAUUAGCCGAAAUGGCAAGUUUGCUAAUUAUUGGCAUGUAUCAGGCAAUAAUUUUGAAUUAUUGAUAAUUCUUAUGAAUUUCGAAAUGGCCUUAUAGAAAAUGGACAGCUGAAAUCAUCAUAUUUAAAAAUAAGAAAUAAAUAAACUACUUUCAUGCACGAAAUUGACGUUAAAUAUACUUUAUUCUAAGCAUUCUACAAUGUAUAAAUGUAUCUUGUUGAAAUUCUAACUGUUUGUGUUGCAACGAAAUAAUUUCAGGGUGGUCUUAUAGAAGUUGGACAGAGUGUAGUAUCAGCUGAAUGCCACUGAAAUUAUUGACAAAAUGCAGAAUUUCAGAUGCUUGUGAUCAGCCUCUCUCUUUCACGCCCCAGGUGAACAAUCUCCCUUCCGCUUUCUUCCAUACUGUUUUCAUUUCCCGCUCCAUUAACCCACUUCGUGACCAAACGAGCUCACCUAGUACCAUAGACCCGCCUUAAGUUAUUUAUUUAUUUAUCGACAUAUUUCACAUAGAUUCACACAGAUUGGUUACCGACGCCUAAUUCUAUUCUUACUACAUGGGCUGGAAAUUCUCGGAAUUUUUAAUGAAAACAAUCGUUUUUUUUUGCGUCUAUUAAUAAUCACAACUAAAUGUUAAAAUGAAUAUUUAAACAAGUUGUUUUUUGUUAUUUUCAUUAGAAUUUUAUUAUUAUAAUAUUAUUACUAUUUUUUGUUCAAAGUACAGUGAUUGGCCUCUAAUUGGAUAUCUAGCUAAUUGGACAGACCUGUAAUGCGACACGAAUAAUUGGACAUUUGAUGCUCGUUUUGGGAAUUUUGUAAACGUCAUUUGUGUUUCUACAAUACGAUACAUUUUUAGGAUUUUUUUCAACCAUUUUACUAGAUUAAGUGUUUUGCACACUUUCGUAAUGUUUUUUUUGUAAGAUUUUCAAUGAUUUUCCUGUAUAAAUUUGUUUUCCAGAUUGUGUUAUGUUUGUUGAUAUGUCCAAUUACAGGUCACGCCUCUAAUGCGAGUGAUGCCUCGGUAUAUACAAUAAGAGGCAAAUCUCUUUAGUUACUUUCAGCUUCCAAACACUUUUUACAUCGAAUGAAUAGCGAUUCUAAUACGUACUAUAAUCUAUUUAGUGAAAUGGCCCUUGACGCUUCGGUUUAAUGUUGCCUUAGUUUUUGGUAAGAAUAAAAGUCACAUGGUGCCAAUUCAAGUGAAUACGGCGGAUUGUUCGAGCAUCAUGGAACCCUUUUUCUGCGUUUCAUAUAUCCAUAAAUAAUGGAAGCAAUAUACUACAAUUAUCGAACGAAAUUUAUUUCAAGAAGCUGUAACAAAAACACUCUGAUUAAUGUGAAGCGCAAGACAACAACUGUUCUAUCAACGAAUAUUUCCAGGGCUGCUUGAAUACUAUUUGUGUUUGUGAGCACAUUUAUUCAUUACGUGAACAAUGGCCGAUAAUGACCUUUCUUGAUUGAAAUAAUUUUUGGAACACAUUUAUUAAUGUUCAAGUUUUUUUAAAUUGGAUACGACCGAAUCAGUGUCUGUUUCUGCAUACUAGAGUGAUUGAGUUUUUUUACUGAAUUGUAUUUACUGCCAAUCGAAGAAUAUCACGAGAAAAAAUUUCCGGUGCCAUCUCUGGAAUCACACCGAGUGGAUUGAACUCGGCUGCGCCAGUUUUGUUCAAAAUUUAUGUGUAUCGAGACACGAUUUUUUCCAUUUACAAUGCAAAUCGAUCCUCUAUUUCUAUUAUCACUCCGUUGUCCGUUGUCUUUCCGUCAAUUGUUUCCAAUUUUCCAAUUCUUGUUGUGUACAUUGUCCUUCUUGAUUACGCCUUCUAAACAUCUCUCAAUGAGUUAAUAAAUUCAUAUAAAUGAUAAAGAGAUGGCGUUUAUGUUUAAGGAUUCCAUUUGACUUCAAGUACUUCAAGUACAAACGGUAACAUUAUGUGUCAAAAUUUCAGUGCUCAUUGAUAUUGUUUCUUUUUUCAAAUUUCACAACGUAAUAACAUUGUGAGCUCUUCUUCGCAGCGAUUUAGGAAACUUUUCACAAAUUUUCUUUGAGUUUUUGGAAACAAGAAACUCGGAAUAUCAACCUUUGGUGUCAAUAGCGUCACCUUAAUCACUAUAAAAUGAGAAAGAAACCUCAGAUUAUUAUAAAAUUUUGACACGUGUCACUUCCGUAAAGUCAGACGAACUUGCAAAUAAUGACGACAUCUGUAGGUCUACUCAUUGAGUGACAACAGGAAUGCUAGGAAAAGAAAUUAAUACAAUCGCGGAUUCGGUCCACGUCUGACAGCCUUUGCGUGUAUGUGUGCUUGCGUAUGUUUGCAAAUGAGCGUGUGCGCGACCGAUUGACAAGUUCUGUGACGACAAAAUCAACACACACACACACACACACACAUUAUUCUGUACAGUAAAUUGUUACGACGAAAUAUGACAAACAGAAAGUUAGGUUUGUUUUUUUGUGUAAUUUUCAGGGGAACUAGUUAAGUUUCCGUUUUUUCCCAACGAGGAGAUAGAGAUGGAUGAGAUUCAUUGAUGACGAAGCGGCGAAGCAAACUGUAGAUAUAAAAAAAAUAAGAAAAUAAGCUGAAUGUGAUUUAAGUAAUGGAAUACAAAAUUCCGAACAACUCGGAAGUUUGUUCCAGAAAACAAUACUAAGAAGAAAAAAAACACACACACGCAACUCAUAAAUACAAACAAACAAAUGAAUGAACUGUGAACUCUGCGCAGGAGUUGUGCACUUUUAGUUGUAAAGUUAGUACUUUUUAAUCGUAGCCGGUAAGGAAAAACCCAUGUUGUGAAAUCUUGGAGAUAGCGGAAGCGCUGUUAGCGAGGGCCAUUUUUGUUCAGACGAAACGGGCGCAAGUCGUGCGUGUGAGUCGUUAGUCGUCCCCACGCAGAAGGAAACCAUAUUCGCUAGGAGUAAAUUAGUCCCCCCCCCCUCAAUACAUAUAUUAUUGUGGUUAUGAUAAUUGUGUAGUAGAGCUAUUUUAUAUAUCUAUAUAUCAAAAACACGCACUAAAUCAGCGCGCUAGUGGCAGUGACAGGUGGAAGUAUAUCUCCAUUUUUCUCGUUUCGCAAGCGAAACGACAGAGCGGAAAGAACCUCUCUCUCACUCAACACGUGUUUUCAUUAGCGAAGGAUUGUCUUUGCGCCACCCACCACCAUCGCGUGGGGGUGGGUAAAAGCAACAACUAUACUGUAGAACGAUAUUAAACUACUAUUGUGAUUUGCAGAAGAUCUCUCAAAUAAACGAAACAAAAAAUAAAGAAAUGAUAACUUGGUUUUUGUCAGCAAACAAUAUCAGGGAAAUAUAUUUGUUUUUGUUUUCUUUUUUAAGGAAAAAACAAACAGUAAAAGUAACGAAAAAAAAUCAUUACAAUAAAACGUGAAAAGGUGAACGCGAAGAACCACAACAACACAACAUAACCCAUUGCUGAAGACAUACUGAAUCACACGGUAAAACAUAGUUGAUAGAUGUGUUCGAUGGAACGGAAGCAUCAACCCUAAGCUAGAUUAACCGAUUCCGCUGAGCUGGAACAGUGUCAGUGACAAUUCAAUAGCUUUUCAUUAAUCAUUUAAGUCAAUAGUUGAAGCAGUUGAAACAGUACUACUAUAGAUUAAAAGGGAAGCACUUAGGAGAAAGGACGUAACUUUUUGAAAGUGUGGUCGCUAUUUUUGUGAACCGAAAAACAACAAACAGAACCAAGCGCUAGUUUAGAAUCAUUUUAGCGAGAGGAUGCCUAUUUUUGACAGAUAUGUUUAUUAUUUACCUUUCGACAAAAACUAAAAACACACAAAUCUCAGGAAAAUAACGAAAAUUCAAAAACAAUUAUUAAAUAAAAGAAGAUUGUUAUGCAACUUAUUAUACAAAAAAACAUUGUUUAUUUUACUACUAUUCACCGAAAAGAAAUCAUUACAAACAAACAAGCAAAAAAAAAAAAAUAAAUCAACUCAUUAAGUGAUGCAAAACGUUUAGGAAUCACACACACACAAACACACCGAGCUGUCAAAUUAUAGAUACCGCGGUGUAACGGAAUCAAAACAAGUUACUUUCGAAUGCUCGUAUGGUUUUCCCGUGUUGGAAGUUUAUACUAAUUUGUAUGAAAAAAUGGUUAGCUUAACACAAAUCACAAAAAAAGGAACACAAUUUAUUGAGAGAACAAUCAGCAAGAAGCAAAGCAACGAACCAUUUAUCGUCCGACAAAUCAUCCGCUAUGGUUAAUUGCGAUAGCCUAGGUCCCUCGUAUCUAUUGGUUAUCGAACCAACCCACAGAAAACACACCGUGACGUACUUUGAGGUUGUGAGAGUGAGCCAUUCCCAAGGCCAAGAGAGACUAUCAAUCAGUGUGUAGCAGUGCAGUGUCUUCCCCGGGCGUUCCCCGUUGGCGAUCCAAGGAAUCCGGUCGAGCCAACUGUAACGUACACAGCUACUACGUUCCACACACUGUGAUGGCGCGUCUGUAGUUGUGACAACGGAUGAUCACCACGUGACACGAAGCGCGGAUGCAAAACAAAUAGGUGAGACGAAAUAAAAAAGAAAAUGAAAAGGGCUUGUGAGUGAAUUUUUACGACGACGUUUUUAAUCCGUUUGUAGCGACGAAAAGUUUAAGUUUGAAUUGUUGUUGAAUCAAUAUUAGCUUAGUAGCUAGUUAGUUGAAAUCAAUUGAAUUGGAACGGGACUACGGGCGCCGAGCAGACGUAUACUGACACACCGUAAAACAUUUUCAGCGACUCGAAAGCAAGCAAAUCUUUUACUGGUGAUUGUGUGUGUUAGUGUUAGUAGCAACCUAUUGAACUUAUUGGUGUAAGUGGGCCCACGUGUGCACUAGGUAUCAUAAACAAUUACUACAUUGCAUUGUAUCAGCGCUAGGGUAGAUAAAAAGAAUACAUACACACUCGAUUCUAGUGGCAUAGCCGUUGCAACAAAGGUAAACAUUUCAAUUUGUCAAUAACAAUUUUGGUGCAAAGCGAGAAGAUAUGCUGGAAUAAUCUUAAGACUGAUAGCAUUGGGAAAUUAUUGCCGUAUGAGCAAGUGACGGGGUUAGACUAAAAUUUGUAACUACCAAGUAGCGUGUCGUUUGUUAAGAUUAGUACACCAAUAACUGUUUGGAACAAAAUCGACUAAAGUCUCACCUUUCAGUGGUUUCUCACACGUAUGAAAUUUAUCUGUUGGAAAUUUUGUUAAUUCGCUAUACCUAUACCUGUCACUGAGAAUACGUCCAAACUGCCAGCUCUGUCAUUCCAAUGCCGGCAAAUUAUUUGAAAAAUUGAGAAACACAUUUACAGAGUGACAUAUUAUGUGUCACUCUCUCGCUAAUUCAUUAAAGCAAACUAUUGAAAAUUCACUCAGAGAACUUUCUGUCGGCUUUGUAAGAUCACUUUCUAUCUGUUCCCACUCAAUGACAUUUCGAUUUUCGAACAACCCCAAAAAUUUGCUAGUCCCUCCCAGGCUUUCCCUGUGAGCAACCCCGCCGUCCUCACCAGGAUCAGAGAGAGUAUGACAGAUGGGACAAUUUACUGAAAACGAUUUGUGACCGCCAUGGGAGUCUGAUUAUUGAACAUUCUUUGCGAACAAUUUCCAAUUCUUGUUACAUACGGAACAUUUUUUUUUUAACUUUUUUCGAUUUAAAAGUCGAAAACAAUAGAAUUUACAGACGUCAUGUUUUCUUCAAACUGGUAACACAUACUUUGUCCUUCGCUGCGCUACUUUCUGACGAUAUGGUCCCACCUGUCAAUAUUCACCUUGUUCACAAACAACUCAUCGAAAAGCGAACAGCACAACAACAUAACCAAGAAAAUGAAAUUACUUUGAUUUGAAAUGAUGAUGAUGAAAUUAUUUUUCCUGGUGAUUAAUUUGUUCUUAUUCUAUGACAAUGUGUUUGUAGAGUUUUUCCCGACAGGAAUUAUAUCGUCUGUUUAAUGGUAAAGGCUGGAUCACAAUAUUUCGUUGCGUCUGAUGUCAACGCUUGCGCUGGAUUGACACAAAACAAUCCGUCAUUCAACGAAAGAAUGACGCAGAUCUGUUAACAACUCAGCAGAACUCUGGGAACCGACGUUCACUGAUGGUCAUAAUCGUCGGAAACAUUUACACCAGGUGUACAAGUAUGAAUCUGCAUCUUUAAAAAAAACUAAACCUGCAUUUUCUUAAAAAUGCACUGGAAUGAAAAACUCUAUUCAAAGUAUUUUCCUUUGACAGCUUAACAUUGUUUCACAUCUCUCCGGCAAUUUGCGGCUGCCACGCCAAAAGAAUUGUUGCUUUUUAGAAGCAACCCAUUCAUCAAGCCAUUUUCUCACAUUUUCGUAAUAACUGAAGCGAUGCUUAGCAAAUGCGUGCUCCAUUGAUAAAAAUUGAUGAUAGUCGGAAGGAGCCAAGUCUGGUGGGUAAGCCGCAUGCGAAUGGUCUUCCCACCCAAAUGUCUAAAUCGUUUCCUUGAGCGGGUUUGUAGCGUGUAAUGAAGCAUUAUCAUGCGGCAAAAUCACUUUGUGUUGCAAUUUUUGGUACUCUGGUUAUUUUUCACCCAAAGGUCAAUUCAGUUUGGUCAUUUGCUGUGGGUUGUGUUCAACUAAAACCCAACUAAAACGGCUUGUUCCAUCUGUCUGAUGUGUGAUGUCUAAGCAACACGAUUUUGCACCAAGAACUAGUAGAAUUUCAUCUUUUAUUGCACUGUUCUCGCGUUUUGUUCUGAUUUGCUGGCGAAAAAAUAUUCGCAAAUCACGAAAGCGGAGAUGCUAACGAUAUUUUUGGAAUAGCUGGAAGAAUCGAUUUUUCUUGUUACUCAAUUUUGUUUACAUUACUAGCUGACACGACCAAUGUCGUGGUGUCAAACACAAAUAAAAUGAAAUAAAGAGAGCUAAAAUCGGACGAUUCCUUCUUAGAUUUUUUCUCUUAGCAACACGUUUGGGAAUAUCGAAUAUCGAAUGAACUGAAAGCGCUUAUCAUAACAUUGAUCUAUGGGCAGAGACGAGUACUUUAAAACAAAGGCGGCUCAAAUCAGACUAUACCUUCCGUGGGUUUUGCGCUUACCAACACAUUUGGUGAUCCAUUUUCAUUUAUAUAGAAAAAAAUCACGAUGAACACUGACAGUGUCAGUAAGUAGCGUUUUUAAUUUUCCUGUUUGUGAUCAUACAUUUGAACAUUAUAUUUUUGAGUCACUUUUUUCACAACUAAUCCUGAAGUGUAACCACGAUGACAACGGUACGGUCUGGAUCUGAAUAUGAAAUUAGUUUUCCGCUAAAACUUAUCGUUCUAAUAUAUAUCUUUAGAUACAAUUUUUGUAAGAGAGGCUCUCCAUUCACAUUGAACACUAAUUUGAUACGGAGAAGUUCAUUUUCAUUCAUAUUUUCCAUUUGAAAGGUGUCCAUUCUGUCUGAAAACCCAUUAUUAUCUCUCACGCUUAACAAACUCGUAAAACGAAGUCCGAUAGCGUGCCGUUCAUUUCGUUUUCACCGUGAAGUGAGUACGGGAAUAAGGCUCUUUGUAGAAGGAGAACAAUUGACACAUGCCUUCAUUAUAUAUGACAUUGGUUGGAUCAAUUAUCGUCAUGUUUAUGAUGAAAGAAUGGUCUUAAUUAACGUUUUAGAACUUGAUUGAAGAGUGUAAUGUAAAACCAUACUGAAUUGGUCUUGAAAUCAGUUGGAAUUUUACAUGCUGAGAAUGUUUAUUGAUCAACUUUUUACAUGAACAUUAUCCAAACUGAUAUAAUUUUCCUGAUCGGACCAAAAUGUCAAUAAAAGGGAGCCAAACUAGUGAUAAAACACCACACUUCUUUGUGAUUAUAGCAGAUAGAUGAGUAUUGAUGGGGAAAAACGUCAUAAAGGUCCUCGAGUAGAAUUCCCAUAGCUAAAGCAAAAAAAAAAAAUUGGAAAUGAUGAUUUUUUUUAAAAACUAGGCAAAAUUGUGAAAAUAAAAAAAAAACUAGGGGUAGGUUAUAUCUGUAAUACAACCGGAGGGUUGACGUAGGACUACCGUUGACUUAGAAUUAUUUUGUUUAAAAUUGCAUCUGAAUCGAAUCUCAAUGAAUGAAUGUAUUGAAAAAUCUUCGGAAAGUCGCAAGCCGUGCAAACAUAGGGCUUCAUGCAUAUUCUGCGGGUGCAUUCAAACAUUUUGCACGUCUGUUCCUCUUGGUAGAAAAAUAGAAACGGGAUUUGCCAGAGCGAGCAUAAUUGACCCAUCGAACAAUCAUGAUGGAUUUUGAUAUAUCGAUUUCAAUAGUUUAUUUUCAAAGCAAUUUUUGAGCUAUUGAAACAAUUUUUUGGAUACGUAUGUAUCGAACACCACUCAUAGACCUUCCAUCUUUCGAAUGAAAUGUUUGUCAUAUUACUUCUCUCAACCGGUAAACGUUAAUAUCUCACGUUCAAAACAGUCUCUUGAUAGAAUCCCUCCGAAGUGUGUUGGUUUCACAAAUAAUUAGGUGAUACUAAUUAUACCGUGAAAACAAUGUUUCCAAAAUUUCAGAGUCCAUAUAAAAAUUUCACUCUACACGUCGGUAAUGUUUAUCUACAAACAAACAUUCAUUUUUGUGCAAAAUAUCGAUCUACCAAAAUCUCCGGUGCAGGAAUCGAUUCCUCCAUUGAAAAUAUGCAGCACAAAUUAUAUUCCCCCUUCUCCUACUCCACAUCUGUGGAUCUGUCUCCAGAUGAUAUCUCACGGCACUGUGUUGAUUUCACAAAUAUGAAUAUUUAAUGUAAACCAGCGAAACCUAAAACAUCAAUCUAAGAAUCGUUUUCCGCUAGUUUUGGCUUCAUUCAUAUCGGCAGCAAAAAAGAAUCGGGCACGGUCUGUGGGGAGGACCUUGCUUUGGCUGGCAGUGAGAGUAUGCUCCUUCUACCGCGAAAUAAUGAUUAAAUGGAUUUUCGCGCGCGCAUUGGCUUAUAUACAGAUUUGGUGAUUUCAAUAGCCUGUUUUCAAAUCAUUUUUAAACUUAAUGAAACAAGUUUUUGGAUCAACAAGUAAAAAUCAUUGAACCCUUGGACAUUUUAUCUUUUGAAUAAAGUGAAUAUUAUACCCUCGGUUCAGUUAUACCCCUUGAAUUCAGCCGGAAAAAAGAUAUUAACGUUCAAAACCUUGCAAUGCAAGUGUAACGAAUUCGUUUUUGAAACUUUGAACUUGAAAUGAAAUACGUAGUACUACGUCAAAAACUGGAUAUUUUAUGCUUUUGGCUGACUCACUGACAUGGGAAAUAUACAGGAGAAACUGGAAGGUUGACAGACCUGCACGAGAUAAUUUUCUGAAAUACUGCGUUGAGGCAAAUAGGACCGAGGUGACAUUGGACGCACGAAAAUUUUAUUGUACGAUAACUUACAAAGAGAAACAAACCAUUUUGUUCGCUUAAAGCUGACGAAUUCGAACGAAGAAAAGGGAAGCAAUGUAACCACACCAAUACAAUGCUAUGCAGUUGUUUACUUCUCACGAUUGCAUGCGAUUCGUGCAGCCACAUUUUUCGAAGAAGCUGCAAGCAGUGUCACCGCGGUCUAUCGCGUUGACGGCUGAAUGGUUUCGACAUCUGGAUACAUUAGUUUGUAUGACGCCAACUAUUCUCUAUCAGAUUAGUCGGCCCUAAGGCAGUUUUAAAUUGCUGAAAUUUGUAUGAACAUUUUUUUUUGCGUUAUUUACCUACUAGAAGUACGUUGUUCUGACUCUGAUUUAAACUAUUCUUUAUGAACUUCCAGAUAUUCUCACCAAAAUUUACCAUUAUAACAUAAAAUUACCUUUAGACACAAUUUUUGUAUGAUAUUUUUUCACUACUUGCAAGCAAAAGUGAUUUUCAUUUACAUAGAGUACUAGUUUGAUUUGAGAAAAAGAAUUUUCAUUCACAAUUUUUAUUUUAUAGUGUGUUCAUUUCUUCUGGAAACCCAUAUUGUCAUACCUACUCCCCCAUUUCGUAAUACGAAGCUCAAUGCCGUCAACGCGGAUGAUAGAACAAACUUUAGCGUUCAGUACCAACGUGGUCAUAUACUACAGGUGAGCUAAAUUUUUUGUAUCGUACACGAAAAUUACUCACACAUAUAAAAUAGCGUUCAGUGUUGUGCUCAGAAACACUGAAACACUUUCUGUAUGUUAUUACACAAGGUUAAACUCGGUUCACUUUGUGAACUAAUAUUUUGUUAAUAAUUCCUCACUAAUUGCACGCUAUUUUGUACACUAUUUACUAAUGCUAACGCGAGGACCUUUAUAGCAUACCUGGUCACUAUCUAAAUUCGUUGGUUCAGUACAACGAGACAAAUGACGCGAUGUGUCAUUUGUACAUCAUUCGUCAUUAUACCAAAGUGGUUUGAGAUUUACUAAAGGUAUGCUAAAUUGUUUGUAUCGUAAAAAAAAUACUCACACCUACUUUAGUUUAUUUAUUAUAUAUUAUAAUUUAAUGUUGGUUUGAAUUAAUUUUUCCAGUCGUCUUUUUACAAAGUUGAACUCAUUGGAAGAACUAACUAGAUAGUGAUAACUGCUACUCUGAUGAGGUGAUUUAAUAUGAAAAUACUGUGAAUAUAACUAUUGUUGUGCAAAAAAUGUACAACUCUCGUUUACAUUUGUUACUUAGGAUCUUUUCAAAAGUUACGCGAGAAUUCUUCAUAUAUCCUAGCUAUCUUUCCAAUAGAUUGUGCUCAUGAAUAGCUGCAUCAGAGCUGAAACCCCCUUAUCGAAAUUCUUCAAUGGGCAAAAUGCAAACCCGGUAAUAAUUAGCGCUAUUUAGUUCGUUUUUCAUUGAGUUAAAUUUUGUUAGCUAAAACAGAGGUAAACGGUUUGAAAUUAACAAAACUCACCAAACAUCGCGAUUAUGCUAAUUAUCAUACCUCGAUCUGUGUAAGUAGUUGCGUAAAUUGUACCAACGAUAUUUAGUACACAUGUAGUAAAUGUCAGACAUUUUGGUAUGCGGCUUUUCGCGUUAAAUUUUGAAAUAGAACACGAAAAUUUCUCACACAUAUGAAAAAGCGUGCAGAAUCACGGUAUUUUGUUCAGUUUUUUUGUGAAUUUUGUUGAUAUAAAGAUGUUUUUCUGUAUGUUUUUGCUCACCAAAUUUAACUUUGAGACAAAUUCUUGAUUUUUAGAUUCCUCAAUAGUUCAGACAAUUUUGCAUGCUGUUUACUAAACUAACGCGCGGGCCGUUAUAGCAUACCUGGUAACUGUCUAAGUUCGUUGCUUGACGGCAUUCAAAGUAUAUAGAAUACCAGGUAUGUUACAUCGACUGUGUCAAGGAAGAAAAAGAAGCUAAUUUAAAAAAAAAUCUCAGUUUGUUCGACGUCGUAAAGUUUUACAAAUAUCGUGCUUUAUCACUUGUUUGAAAAUUAGGAAAAAGUGACACACUUGAAGCUGAUCUGACGGCAAAUACAAUAGUGUAUCGGGUUUUCAUUGCAGGUAAAGUUUUAUGUGAUCUUUCCUCAAUAUCAUAGAGAACCCUUUUUUGUUUUCUUCUGCAAAAUAUCGCAAUGCAACAUCCCACGAUGCCGGAACAAUAGCAGAAUUGAAAGUGACGAAGGAAUCAGGAUAUAAUUUCGUCGUUUUGCAAUAGAUAAAUUGUUGAGAUGGAAAACCAUUCAUCGAUGGUCUUUAAAUUACUCUUUGCCUACCACUACAUAAACAAAAUGGGGAGUAAUAUACCUGGUAUUUUGUUUACUUCGGACGGGAUUGAGCUUCUUCUGCCACCACUGUGAAGCGAAAAUGAAAAUAGACUUUCUGCACUGAGAGAAAUCAUUAGUAAAAAUAGCAAAUUUUUUGGUAAAUGCUACCAAUCUAUAGUCAUUUUCUACCGUAUAAAAUAUUGGUAUAUCCUGCGAGGAGAAUUUACAUACGAUUGGUAGAAUGUACAGAAAAUUUGUACAUUCUUAUAAUGCUUGCAUCACCAAAGCUAUUGGGUAGUUUUCCACCAUGGAUUUUACUGAAUAUGGUAGGAUUAAGAAAAAAAAAACAAAUUAUGAAUGAAAAUUCCCGUAUCGAAUAUGUAUUCUAUGUGAUAGAGUUAUCGAAAAUUUUGAAAUACUGAGCAAUAUUUUGUCUGAUUAUAAUUUCAUAUUAUAAUGACCAGUUUAAGUGGAUACAUCUGGAAAUGUAUAUCCAAAUGGAUAAUUAAAAGACAGGACUACGUGUUUUAAUAAUCAAAUAACAUGACGUGAACAUUUUCAUCCAAAUUCCAACAACUUCAACUGUCCUCCGGCAUGCUAACCAGGCGUCGACACUGUACAUUUGUUAUCGCGGAUUUUCGUCUUGGAAGCGAAAGUGUCGCCGACUAUAAGAGUUUUGCGUUUGAAUAAAACUAAGGUAUAUUUAUUCAGUCAAUUUAAAGUACGGAAUUUACUUAGAUUUUUUGCGCAUUAUAAGUAAAAAUUCACCCAUGUGAAAAAAAUGAGUUUUUCUGUUUUUAUGUCUAUUGAACUGAAAUGCAGAAUCAAGUGUGAGUGCAUUUUUCUUUCAGAUAACCGUGUUAAUUUUUGUCAAUGAAAAUAACUGAUACUCGUUGAAUGCUUGAAACAUGUGAUUCUGUCUCAUACUUAAGCAUUUUGAAAUAUUUUCUCUAUGUGUAUACUGAAAUCCCAUUGUUAUAACAGAAAAUCAUACCACAGUUUGUCGUUUACGUUUGGAUAUUGAUUGGAAAAACGAACAUCUGUUAUUUCAUUUCAUUUGUUAUUUCUAUAAUUCAAAGUUGUUUCCUUCAGCUCCAAAACACGUUUUAUAUCGAUUUAAUAACGAUUCAAAUAUGUGCUCUAGCGUAAAGCGAAAAUGCGUUCAACGUUGUUUGGAUGGCCUAUGUCGUGCGAAAACUCUUUUUAAUUCUAUCAUAUUUUUGGGAAAAGAGGAAAUUUACAGAAUGCUACAUCAGGUGUUAGAGGACGAUGAUUUAGAACACAGACACGAUUUCAUGCCGAAAAUUGAUACAUGAUCAGUGACAUGUGACUCGGUGCAUUAACAUGCAGAAAACCCCAACCUCCUGGACUGUGAUAUUCAGGUCGAGUAUGGCGGAUUCUGGCCAUCAAUUGUUGCAGCGUUUAGCGAAGUGCAACAAUCUCUUGAUAGAUGAUAGAUGAUAGUUUAAGUCCUGAGUCCUGGGUUCUAAUUGACCCAUUGUGUAUUUGGUAAGGUAAUCUUACUUAGAAUUAUGGAAUUACAAUUAAUACAUUUUAUAUUAUCGAAAUUAACAUUUAUUUAUAUUUGCAUCAAGCAAAUUAGUUGUCAAAAAAAAAAACUUCGCAAUCGUGGAUAUGAAAAAGCACACAAAAAACUGUCAGCGCAGUUGCUGUUGACAGCUAAUGUCAACGCAUAACGUGACAUUGUGAUUCAGCCUUAACCCCUCCUUCUGCCCACACCCACUCUACCAGUCGUUACCACGUUUUGUGUUUGGGAUGAAAUGUUGCCAUCUAUUUUUCCUUCACCGAACGCCAUUUUCUCAUCCAACAAGAAACCGACACGAAAUAACCAACAAUUCAAAGGACGCAAAAGCAAACGAAAAUAAUAACAAGCAAGGAAGAUAAACCAUAGUGAGUAACUUAAGUGUUAUUAUAACGAUGCAUACAACAUGUAAAAAAAACAGAAAACAAAA